ACUGCUUUGGAGAUUGGACCCCGCCGCAUCUCCACGUCUCCUUCCGCCCCCAUCUCGUCCGGCGGCGGCGGCUUUAACCGCCGGGCCGACCACCGGCUCGGCGACUCCGCCUCUCCCCGUAGGCCGAAAUGGAGACCUCGCCACCUCACCGCAAACCACGCCUGCCGCCGCCGCCGCCGGAGGGGGAUCCGACUGCGUCGGCGGUGGGGGCGAGCCUGGAAUCCCUCCCGGGGGAGCUCCUCGAGAACAUCGUCUCCCGCCUCUCCCUCCGCGACGCCGUCCGCACCUCCGCGAUCUCCCGCUCCUGGAUCCACCGGUGGGAGUCCGCCCCCGACCUCCGCCACUACUGGCCCCGCCGCUCGCGCCCCGACGCCAUCUGCGCCGUCCUGGCGCGCUACUCCCGCAGCGUCGGCCAGUUCUGCACCUGGGGGAUCCGCGCGGACGCGUUCCCCCACAUCGACGAGUGGCUCCCCCUCCUCGCCGCCAAGGGGGUCCAGACCCUCACCCUCUCGUUCUGGGACUACAGCGAUGUCAAUGUGGAGUACUACACCCUCCACCCCGCCAUCUUCGCCUGCGGCCAGCUCACCAGCCUCCACCUCGAGCGCUGCUUCCUCCCCACCGCGCCCGAGGGCUUCGGAGGGUUCCCGAAUCUCACCUUGUUGAGCCUCGUCUACGUUGGCCUCCCGGAGAAUGGGGAGAGGAAAUUGGAGGCCAUGAUCCGCAUGUCCCCGUCGCUUGUCUCGUUGGAGCUUAGCAAUGUUGAGGUUACUGAUGACGACUUUGAGGAUUGGAUAAUUCAGGCUCCGAAUCUCGAGAGGCUGACUAUUACUUCCGAUAUCGAUUACGGAUGGCAGAUCCAGGAUCUUCCAUCUAUACAAGAUGCUAAUAUCAAUAUUGAAGACUACUCAAUUGAUCGCGAUUUCGUCAAGCUUCUCACAUCUUUGGCCCAAGUCGGGGAGCUCGAGUUGUUUAUACCGUCCGCAGAUGGUAAUGUUCUAGAGGGAAUUUCAUGUUCUUUUCAGAAAUUAAGGAGUUUAACUCUUCAUACAAACUUCUACAAAGCAUCUAGCAUUUUAUCUACAUUUGGUUUACUCACGAGAGCUCCCAAUCUUUUACAUCUGGAAAUUGAGAUCACAGAUCAUGAGAAUCAGAGCGAUGAAGUAGAUAUAGAUUUUUUAAAUGCACUGUGGACCAACAGUCUUUUUGCAAAUCUUGAUUUUGUUAGCAUAAAGAGUGCCACUUGCUGGUCAAAUGAGAUGCGCUUUAUUGAAUUUGUUCUAUCCAAAGCAAGAUUACUUGGUGAAUUUUAUAUUUAUCAUGAUGAUACUGGUUCAUACUCGAAGCCUAGAGAAGAGGCAAUUAUUGAGUUAGCAAAAUAUAAAAGAGCAUCACCAAAGGCAAAAGUAUUCUUCAGGGAUAUGGAGGUGAGUAGCCUGUUAACUAUCUGUUGAUUAUUUUUAAGCCUUUUCAGAGGCUCGUUCUUGAAAGUCCUGUUCCAUAUACUUGCUUGUGUUAUAUGCUCUCAGAUCAAUUUGACAUAUGCUCUGUGGCAGUCAAAAUGAAAACCAUACAAUUUUCUAUUUCGAAUUGGGAAUUAGGAUGCAAGGAAGCAAUUAAUUAUGCAUAAACUAUUUGUUCUAAGGUGAAUAUAACAAGCACUGAUUACUAAUACUAGGUAGUGACUGCUAUGUCAUUAUCUGAAAGGAAUGAGUCCAUUUUACAGCCCUGAACUUAUGCAAAAUGUUCACAUAACUCAUUAGCUAUAAAACUGAUUAUCAGGGCCUGUUUGUUUUAUUUCUGGCCAGAGCUUCCUACUCAGGUUCGAGAAGGUAGACUUUUCAUGUCACGCGUUCAGUUUGUUUCCACAAUUGCAGUAUGUCACACUUUGUUAGCCAUACAAUCCAUAUGUCGAGGUACACUAAUUUUCUAGCCACCAAUGGAACACAUAUUUUGUUAGCUACAAAAAAUUAGUUAUGACAAAUUUUGGCAGCUAACCCGAGUGCUAUUAAAAGCACCCAAACCCACAAACCAGAUUUUUGCCUCCCCAGCAUCUAUAGUGGUUCUGCUGGCCAAAAGGAUGUGGAACGAGAAGGGUGAGACAACUGGAGGUAGAGGAAUGUAGUGAUUGUUAGGUCUCUGUUGAGGUUGAGGAGUGCCAUUGCGCUCUCAUCUGUAUCAGUACUGUAUCAAAGAAACCUUUUUAGUGUCGUCUCGAAAUUUUCCACUUUGCAUUAGCACAUAUCUAAAUAACUCUUGUUACAAAAAUGCCAUGCUGGUGAAUGUCAUGUUAGCUGGGUCUUCAAGGUAGAACACCUUAUUCCCCCUUUUGCACCCUAAUUGUGAUCUUAAUAGUUCUGUAGUAUCAAGUAGGUCAAAUAUUUGAAUACAACAUUUUAACUGACCCUCUUAUAUUUCUGUAAGUACCUUCAGAAAAUCAUGAUCUGAUAUUUAUUAUU